AUGAUGCGUUCCUUCGCGUGUCUAGCCGCGCUGGUCGCCACUCAGGUGGCGUCGCACCCUCUCUGCUUCAUCGACGACAAACCGACGGAUUAUGACCAGGUCUUGACCUUCUGCGACAACUCGAUCGCGUCGUCCGGAGCCUGCUGCACGGACGAUGAGGAAGCCCAAGUGGUAGUCGACUUCAACGCCGUGACGCCUGUAGGGGAGGAGCUCACCGGGGAUUGCCCUGAUCUCUACAAGCAGGUGGUCUGCGCGAGGUGCCACUCCUACAGCGCGCACCUGUACGAGUACCUCGGGGCGGAGCUCGGCAUGCUCGACGCCGAGAUUUUCGAGCCGGGACUCAACGAGGUAUUCCCGGACCUGGCCGACGACCAACAGCCCGGUGAUACCGUCAGCAUGAGACAGACUCCGGACGGUAGCCAAUGGUGGUUGCUGGGCAUCUCGGGACAAAUCUACGCGGUGGACUCGGACAGCAUGGAUGAGUCCGAGCUGGUGAUUGACGUCUCCGGGCCGGUCCCCUCCGGAGGCAACUUUUACGACGACUUCGAGGAGGGUCUUCUGGACGUGGCAUUCGGGCCAAUGUUCGGCGACAACUCCUACCCGCAGUACUUCUACGUCAGCUACACGGUCCUGCUUGACGACGGCGAGAUGCAACGCAACCGGCUGGCUAAGUUCACGUACUUCCCGGAGGACCCGGUCGCCACUCGCGCCUCGGAGGAGGUGUUACUGACCACCGUCCCCAAGUAUAACAGCAUUCACUCCGCCGGCUGGCUUGGCUUCAAGCCCUCUGACUACGGCAAUCCCGGGUACUCAGACCUGUACUGGACGACCGGCGAUGGUGGGCCGCAGACGGACCCUUUCAACCACAGCCAGGACGAGACCACCAUGCUCGGCGCCAUGAUGCGUAUCUCGGUCCCCGCGGACGGCACCGGCUACACCAUCCCCUCCGGAAACUACCCCGGCGCGAAGGCCGAGGUUUGCGCCAUCGGUCUCCGCAACCCGUGGCGGUGUGGCUUCGACCGCUUGAACGACGACCUCUACUGCGGAGACGUCGGACAUACCCUUGUCGAAGAGAUCAACUUUAUCGAGAACAUCUACUUCCUGAGGGAAGAAGAGGACGGCUGGGCGGUUGGCACAAUCAUCAGCGACGCGAGCGUGCAGAUCGUCAGCUUCGCCGAGGAUGUCAACGGUGAGAUCAUGUUGCUGGACUAUCAGCACAACAUGUACCACAUGCCCUGCGGCGACCUGUGCGCCACCACCUGCCUGGAUCAGGCGGAGGACCAGCCCACCUACGAGUCGCUCGGGUGCUACGCCGAUGAUGUGAACGACCGUGCCCUGCCCAUCCAAGGCCCGAACUGCGGCGAAGGAGAGACGGCCAUGAGCCCUGCGAUCUGUGCGUCCUACUGCGAGACGUUGGGCUCCACCUUCUUCGGCGUGCAGUUCUCCUUCCAGUGCUUCUGCGGCCCUUCUACUGCCGACUACGACAAGCACGGAUCGCUGUCUUCCGACAACUGCGAGUACCUGUGCGAUGCCAACCCGGAUUUCUUUUGCGGUGGAUUCAGCACCAUCGAGGUCUUCACGAUCGGGGAUCCCACCCCGACCGAGGCCCCCGCGCCCACCCCGUUGGUGAACCCGUCUACCCAGGCGCCGGGUACCCAGGCGCCCGCAUCCACGGCGGGUCCGGUCCUCGUCGGCCCCUCCACGGCCCCCACGACCCCGGCCCCCGUGAACGCCGGUGCCGCCGGCUAUCUGGGGUGCUUCGGUGACUCGCAAACCGACCGUGUCUUCUCCGUAGUCGUCUUCUCCGGCAGCAUGACCACGGCGAUCUGUGCGAGCACUUGCGCUGACUAUGCCUACUAUGGCACGCAGUUCGGCGGGGAGUGCUGGUGCGGCAACAACGCCGACUACGACGUCUACGGAGAAGCAACGUGCGAUAUGGGGUGCACUGGUGAUUCCUCUGAUAUCUGCGGAGGCUUCAACGCCAUGUCGUUCUACUCGACCGGCUCGGUGGUAGAAACCCCGUCUCCCGUCCCGGACGAAGUAACCCCGUCUCCCGUCCCGGAUGAAGAAACCCCGUCUCCCGUCCCGGAUGAAGUAACCCCGUCUCCCGUCGUACCCACCGAGCCCGGGUACCUCGGGUGCUUCGGCGACUCGCAAGCCGACCGUGUCUUCUCCGUUGUCACCGGCUCCGGCAGCAUGACCACGGCGAUCUGUGCGAGCACUUGCGCUGACUACGCCUACUAUGGCACGCAGUUCGGGGGGGAGUGCUGGUGCGGCAACAACGCCGCCUACGACGUCUACGGAGAAGCAACGUGCGACAUGGGGUGCACUGGUGAUUCCUCGGAAAAAUGCGGAGGCUUCAACGCCAUGUCGGUCUACGGCACUGCCUAA